AAGGUUCAAUUUUUUUUUACUAUAUUUACUUUAUUUGAAUUUAAUGAUAAGACCGCUAUUUCGAUAUAUUUCGACUCAAAAAAGAUAAUGAUGACUAAUUUCACAAUCACUUGUCAUUAAAAGCCGGAAUCGACAGAUAAGAAUGGAAAAAAAAAGAGAUAAACCUUCCGCGCGAGUUGACUUGUAAAAUCAACAUCCGGUUUCUCCAAUCAGAAGCAAAUCGUAUUUCUCCUAAAUCAAAACUACGUAGAUCUACUAUUUUUCGUCGUAUAUAUAUUUCUGUGGUUUAUUUUAAAAGCGGCGUAGAUCGAGUUUCGAAGCGUCAUAACGCUAUUGGGGAUGCAAAUGUAAACUCGCGCGUUUAUAUAGAAAAUUCUAGAAACUCUAACUCCGCGACCGGUUACGAAUUAUAUCAUUCCGUUUCUCCGGAUACUUCGCGUUUCUCUCUUAUCAAUCCUAACAUAGUAUCACAUUAAGUCAACACACAAGUUCAGAUACUGCUCACACUAAUCGAUUCUACUAAACUUCGCUUGGAAGCACAACAGAGAAAGAAAUAAAGAAAGAGACAACUCGUGGAAAUAUCAUGCUUGACGGCGUAGAUUCUUUCGUGAUCAUGUAGGCUAAUUAAGUCGAAGAUUAUUUACACAAUAUCUCAUGAUAAAAGAAAAAAAAAGAAAAGGACAAAAACUGAGAGAAAUGAUAAGAAAAGAAAGAGAGCGGGCGAGCAAUAAAUAGAUAUAUAGACGCGGUCGUUAUAUGCUACGCGUUCAAUUUGCGAUUCAAAUAGACUACGAGUUACCGCGUCGCGCUGCUCAGCACCGAGCGCGGCCGAGCGAUGGCGAUGAUUACCGAGCGCGACCGAGUGGCGCGAUGGUGGGGGAUCAGUCGGUGACGUAUCAGCGAGCAACGGCGAGCGGUAGUCAGACGUUGUCGCGGUCGAUCGUAGGUCGUGAGACGCGAAAGCGCAAAGAGAGUGGUGUUGUCGUUUCUCGAGUGCUCGAAAUUCCACUUGCUGCUCGCAUACGACGCGAUGGUGAUGAUCGUUCUGUGAUACACAUCUGAACGUAUCACCAGAUCGUAAACGAGGUUAAGUGCGCGUCGGACGAGGAAAAUCUAGAAGUUUCCGGGCGUGACGCGCAGGUAACGUCGUAGGGCAACGUAACGUCGCUCGCGAUGCAUAAUAGGACUAGUGCCAUAGCGACGGAGUGUCGUCGUCGGAGGACUUUGACAGGCGCGAUCGUGACGCACGGUGUUCUCUGGCUGUUGUUGACCUUGUCCAGUCUUACAAGCCCGAUCUCCGGCGACGAUGGCGGCCACUGCGUAUGGUACGGGGAAUGUUUCUUGGAUAACUUUCACAAGAAGAACUGUCUGUACAAUGGACCGGCGAAGCCACUGGAGUCCGAAGGGCAGAAAUUGCUGGCUAAGUAUUGUCCACACUUGUUGGUGGACAACGGCAAAGGAAUCAACACCUGCUGCGACGUGAAACAACUCAAGACGUUAGACACGAACAUAAACCUUGCGGCGGGCUUUCUCAUGAGAUGCCCUAACUGUUUAGAUAAUUUAGUAAAGCAUAUUUGUGAUUUCACAUGUGCUGUUAACCAAAGCAAGUUUAUGAAUGUUACGGAUACGGCUAAAGUGGAUGAUAACGAAUACAUUAACGGAGUGGAAGUGUACAUAACAAAUAGGUAUUUGGAAGGAACAUUUAAUUCGUGCAAUAAAGUGUCCACGCCGAGCACAGGAUUACUAGCAUUGGAUCUGAUGUGCGGCGAUUGGGGGGCGAGUAGGUGCACCGCGCUGAAAUGGUUCCACUUUAUGGGCGACGCGGCGAACAAUAUGUACGUGCCGUUCCAGAUCACGUAUGUGAACACGGACGUACCCGUCAAGUCGUUCGAGCCGUUGGAUCCACAAAUCACAUCGUGCAGCAAGCCGCUAAACAAACAUAUUCCAGCUUGUAGCUGCGUCGAUUGCGAACAGAGUUGUCCUGUACCACCGCCGCCGCCUCCACUGCCACAGCCGUUCUUGAUACUUGGAUAUGAUGGCUACGAAGUAGUGAUGACGGUUAUUUUCGUAUGCGGCUCUUGUCUCUUUCUCCUGUUGGUGAUGUGUUUCAGUCAGAGGAAGCGUAUAGGUGUUAUAUCUACGGAUGAUAUACCAAGCGGAUUCGACGAAGAACAGUCUACUUUCAUCGAAAAGCUGGGCGCAGGCACGGAUAAAUUAUUGCAGAAAUUCUUCUGUAAAUGGGGCACGAUUUGCGCUUCUCGACCUUGGGCAAUACUUUUCCUCGGCUUCCUACUAAUUGUCGGCCUGGGACAUGGUAUUAAAUACAUGCACGUGACAACAGAUCCUGUGGAAUUGUGGGCGUCGCCAAAUUCUCGGUCGCGUGUCGAAAAAGAAUAUUUCGACCAGCACUUUGAGCCUUUCUAUCGAAACGAACAGAUCAUUAUAACUUCUACUGGCUUGCCGAAUAUUUUGCAUAACACGAGCAAUGGUCCUAUCGUCUUUGGUCCUGUGUUCAAUGACACCUUCCUGAAAGUAAUACAUGAACUGCAAGAAGAAAUUAAGAACAUAAGUACUCCUAAUAACUACACAUUAGCCGACAUAUGCUUCGCUCCUCUGUCUGGACCGUUUACCGGUCCAAAGACAGUAUCGCAGUGUGUUAUCCAGAGUAUCUGGGGUUAUUGGCAAGAUAAUUUGUCAACGUUCGAGUGGAUAGAAUAUGAUGGCAAUUAUACGGUGAACUAUUUGGAUCACUUCCGAGCUUGUUCACAGAAUGCUUAUAAUCCUUCUUGUCUCGGUCUUUACGGCGGUCCAGUGGAACCGGCGAUCGCGGUAGGCGGAUUCUUAACUCCGGGUCAAGAUCUUCAUAAUCCGCCAUACGAAAAGGCCACCGCUAUCAUUAUUACCAUCCUUGUCAACAAUUACCACAAUAAAGCCAAAUUGCUACCCGCUAUGGAGUGGGAAGAAAGCUUCAUCAACUUCAUGAAGAAUUGGACGGCAACGAAGAAACCGGCGUACAUGGACGUAGCGUUCACGUCUGAACGCUCGAUUGAAGACGAGCUGAAUCGCGAAUCUCAAUCGGAUGUUCUGACUAUCCUCGUAUCGUAUGUUAUCAUGUUUGCGUACAUCGCGAUUUCACUCGGCCAAAUUAGAACCUGCGGCCGACUUUUGUAUGACUCCAAGAUCACUCUGGGGCUCGGAGGUGUACUCAUAGUGUUGGCGUCCGUGAUUUGCUCGGUCGGAUUAUUCGGCUUCAUCGGAGUACCGGCUACGCUCAUCAUCAUUGAAGUUAUUCCUUUCUUGGUAUUAGCGGUUGGCGUGGAUAACAUCUUUAUCCUUGUUCAAACUCAUCAGAGGGAAGGCAGACGUCCAAAUGAGUCGAUACCGGAACACAUCGGUCGCACAUUGGGUCAAGUUGGACCCAGCAUGUUACUCACCAGCGUAUCAGAAAGCUGUUGCUUCUUCCUUGGUAGUCUGUCCGAUAUGCCUGCAGUGAAGGCAUUCGCUCUCUAUGCUGGAAUGGCAUUAUUAGUAGACUUCAUAUUGCAAAUUACAUGUUUUGUCAGUCUCUUGUCGCUUGAUACGAUUCGACAAGCGAGCAACAGGUUAGACGUCUGUUGCUUCAUCCGUGGUUCCAAGAAAGAUAACGGAGAAGAAGUGGUAGACGGAAUAUUGUACAAAAUUUUUAAGGUGGCGUACGUCCCAUUGUUGUUGAAGAAGUGGGUUCGCGCGGUCGUGAUGAUCGUGUUCUUUGGUUGGCUCUGUAGUAGUAUCGCCGUGGUACCACAUAUCGAAAUCGGCCUAGAUCAAGAGCUCUCUAUGCCCGAGGAUAGUUAUGUGCUCAAAUAUUUCAAGUUCUUAAACAAUUAUUUGUCGAUCGGACCGCCGAUGUAUUUCGUCGUUAAGGAUGGCCUAAAUUAUUCAGACGUGAGAACGCAGAAUUUAGUGUGCGGUGGACAAUAUUGCAACAGCGACUCGAUAUCGACGCAAAUCUUCAUCGCGUCCAAACAAUCAAAUAUGUCGUACAUAGCUAAACCUGCUUCGUCGUGGUUGGACGAUUAUAUCGAUUGGUCAAGUUUACCCAAAUGCUGCGCAUUUUUUCCUGGGAAUUAUUCAUACUGUCCACAUAGUCAUUUACAAAUGAAAACUUGCAACGCUUGCAACAUUGCACUGGAUGAGUACAAGAGGCCUGUGCCCACUGAAUUCAACAAAUAUGUGUCGUAUUUCCUAGAAGACAAUCCCGACGAUACUUGCGCAAAAGGUGGUCACGCGGCCUACGCGCACGGUGUGAAUUACGUUACGGAUCCUCAGACGGAAAUGUCGACGGUAGGCGCUUCAUAUUUUAUGGCUUAUCACACUAUCCUGAAGACAUCGGCGGAUUAUUACGAGUCCAUGAGAGCGGCUAGAACUGUGGCGGCGAACAUCACAGACAUGCUCAAUUGCAACACGAGAAACCUCGGUCAAAACAUUACGAUGGAAGUGUUCCCCUACAGUGUUUUCUACGUAUUUUACGAACAGUAUCUAACCAUGUGGCCUGACACGCUACAGAGCAUUGGAAUUUCAUUGCUCGCUAUAUUCGUGGUCACUUUCCUGUUAAUGGGCCUGGAUAUCUUCUCUUCGUUGGUCGUUUUGAUCACGAUCACGAUGAUCGUCGUCAAUAUCGGUGGCCUCAUGUAUUGGUGGCAUAUAACUCUGAACGCGGUGUCUCUGGUGAACCUAGUUAUGGCGGUCGGUAUAGCUGUCGAGUUUUGCAGUCAUCUAGUGCACUCCUUCUCGGUGUCAGUUCAAACAACUAGAGUAGACAGAGUUGCAGACGCGUUGACGAACAUGGGAAGCUCUGUAUUCAGUGGUAUCACGCUAACGAAAUUCGGCGGCAUUAUAGUUCUCGGCUUCGCGAAAAGUCAAAUUUUCCAGGUGUUUUACUUUAGGAUGUAUUUGGGCAUUGUACUGUUCGGAGCAGCGCAUGGUCUCAUCUUUUUACCAGUAUUGCUAAGUUAUAUAGGCGUGAUGUCGCGCCGAGGGCGUAGACAAGCCCGCGAACUUACGAGCGGGCCCAGAAGUGAAACUAGGCGUCACCAAUGUGACGAGCCGGAUUCUCCUCUACUCCAAGACGACAACCGUCAACGCCCGACCACUUCCUACGCCAGUGUGAACUCCAUCGAUGCGACUGAUCACCACGCUGUAUUGUUCUAAAGCCGAUAAAUCGAAUCGUCAUUCGUCGGACUUUCAUGUCGGACGUAAUCUUUUGUACUUAGAAAGACUGAAGAAGAAGAAGCUGAUUAUCUAACAUAAGCAUCAAUAGUGUGUUUUUUAACUGUCUGACCCCGCGGCUUGUGAAGUCGCGGGAGAGCUGCAACGAGCUCUCAGAUAUUCACAGAGAUACUAUAGAAAGUUUCACACGUAUUAUGUGUCCACCAAAUUUUAAGAGAGAGACUGGUGAAAGAUGUCCAUCUACGUUCAUAUCUGGUAUAUUAUUUUUAGCGACAAAAAAAUUUAUUUUAUAUAGUUGCGUAGACGUUUGUUGUCUUUAGCGUAUUUAUUUCGGGCAGUUUUUUUUUUUUUAAUUAUUAAUAGCGUUAAUUGUCACAGACUGCAUAUUUCAAAUGAAAUAUCGUAUAAUCGUGGGUGGUCAAUCAAAUGACCGGUUUUAGGUGGUAUAAUAAUUUAAUUAGGACAAGGAAUUCGCGUUUUUCUUAUAGCCGUUCGCAAUCACGUUGGUACGUAGAUUGUGAUACAUACGUAACAAAAUACGUGCGACGGACAUAAAAUGCAUUUUCUUGUUUCUAACGUGAAUGCAUUUUUUUCAUUGUGAGGCAGAUCCUUCUUUCUGAUAUUGAUAUCCAGUUAUUGCUGAUAAUUUUAGACGUUCUAUGAGUGUGACGUCGAGAUAUGGGCACAAUAGAGCUUGAUGCAGACGGAUGUGAAUUCAUACAUCGUGUACGCGAUUCCAUUUUACGCGCGAUUCGAAAGUACUAGAAUCCUUAGUGACGCGCGUUUACACUCUCUGACAUUAACGCGACGUGCACGCUACGACAGAAAUUUAUUGAGUGAAUCUAAUAUUUUCAUUUCUUUUUUAAUAAUAAUUUAGGAACAAAAUAUAUAAAUACUACACGCUUUUUAAUUUUUAUAUCUAUUUCAAUUUACUGGAUAUCCAAACACUUCGACAGCAAGUCAGAUAUUUUUUGUUACAUCAAGCGGCAAGCAUUAUUUUAACGUUGUGUUAUAAUCGCGUAAUCGUCGCGUUAAACGCGCCCGUCUGCGUCGAACUUUUUCGAACCACUCGUGAUCAUUCAUAUUAAUCUCAUGGGAGAUAAAACACAUCAAGUUAUCCGUGACUGAGAGAUAAAUACGACAUCGAUACAAAUGUUCUUUCUUCAAAAUUAAGAAAAAGUUCUUAUUAGUCCGGGCGAUAUUUUUUUUAAUCGCCUGUAGCAUGUCGCGUGUGAUGCGUAUUUGAAAUUUGUGUAGGAAAGGAAAGAAAACUUCGCACUUAUGCCGUCCACAAAUGAAAUAUAUUAAAAAAACGAAGAAAAAAGUGAUGAACGAAACACGUAGAAUCAAUCGUGGCUAGGGAUGUUGUGAUACUACUGGUAUCAUUUUUCUUUAAAUACCUGGUAUUUUCUUUCGAUAUACGUAUGCUAUAUCAGCAUUACUUUGUUUCAUUUUUUCAUUUUUUUUUAAAUUACAUGCCAAGAAUUAUUGCAGUAUAUGUGGACAGAAACAAUAUAUGCACAAAAUAAUAUUCGUGAUUGAUUCAGCAUACUUGUAAAAAUAUUCAGAUGCUUCCUUUUUAUUUCAACGCUCAAUAAAUUGCUGAAAAUUAAUCUAACUUGCAAGUUACAUUAAUACGUUUUAAAUCUAUCUUCUAAUUUCUGUUAUAUUAGUUAUUUAUUGAUUGUUGAAGUAAAAGGAUGUUAGGACAUUUUUAUAGAUAUGCGGAGUCGAUCAGAUGUUAUUUUGUGUAUAUUAUUUUAUUUCUGCGUAUACCGUAAUUUUUAACAUACGAUUAUUCGUUUCUGAUGUCAUCAUACAAAGGCAGUCAUAGCGAAAAUACAAGAGCUUUAACGCAUCCUUUUUAAGAUUUUUAAAUUACAAACCGUAGAAGUCUAGUGCGAAAGAUAGAAGUUUAUAUCAUAUUAUUUGUAGACGUACGAAAUCCUUAAAAGUAGUUUGCAAGAUCAACACUCUUCCCUGAAUUUUAUAUGAAUCAAUCAAUUUAUUCGUACUUCAGCAUACAGCCAAAAAGUAAGAAAUUAGUUUAUAUAAUAUCAUAACUUACGCAUCCUUCCCACGUAUACAUCUAUACUAUUGUUCAUCUCUAUCUAUAUCUUCUAACUCUCUGAUUUUUAUAUUUUUUCUAAUUUUAAGCGUUUUUAAGUUUCGAUAUCAGUAUCGAUAUCUCGAUAUUUUUGCCCUAUAUCGAUACUCUUUAUUACAUACCAUAUAGCGAAUUCGGUAGCUUGCACUAGUGCGCGUUAAGACUUCUUUACAGUAAUUUUUAUAUUUAAGAUCGUGUCUUAAAUACAUAUUUAAGAACAUUUUAGCUAAUAAAAUGAUUCGUACGAAUAUUGUACAUAUCAUAUUACUGAUUAAAAAUAUUUGAGAAUUUAUUUAAGACAAUCUUUAAAUAUAAUAACAUACUAUGAACAAGCCUUAGUGCGCACUAGUGCAAGCAACCCAAUUCGCUAAUAGACUUAUAUACCACACUGCACGGCCUGUAGAGAGGAGUGAAGCCAAGAUGAAAGAACAGAUAUAUAUAUGUGGAGUAAGUAUGUUAGACAAGGAACGCCUUAUUACACAUAUAUAAAUCUGUAUAUAUCUCUCUUUCCAUCUUGGCUCUCCUCUCCACAGGCCGCGCAGUCUAGUAUAUAUAUAUAUAUAUAUAUAUAUAUAUAUAUAUAUGUAAUAUAUAUAUAUAUAUAUAUAUAUAUUAGAUACCAGUUUCAAAAUGAGUAUCGAUACUUUCACGGUAUCACAAUAUCCUUAAUUGUGAGUAAUAAUAUCGAUGAUGAAUCGAUGAUCGAUCUGUAUAUUUGCUAGUAAAAAUGAUAUCUAUAUCAGGAUCCAGGCUUUCGAGUCUCACGUUAAAUUUUCUUCACAAAAUAUGUAGGAGGCGUCAGUAUUGUCGAUUAUAUAUCAGCAUAUGUUUUGUUUAUUCUUUAACACGCUCCAUGCCAUGCAUGUACUACAUGCUGAAUUUUCCAUUCAGGCCGUUUAAUAUUUUCAGAAAAAAAUAUUAUCAUAAAGUAUUUUAUAUGAUUAAUACAUGAUUAUGCAUAGAAUGGUUUUCACAUCGUAUAUCAUUGGCGGUACACGCGAUGUAACAUUUAUUUACAUACGGCCUAUUAUCUUUUAAAUCUUUUAAAUCUUAAAUUAAUCUUUUAAUCUUUACUUAGAAUUUACUUUACUUAGAAUAAUACUUUUAAAUCUUAGAUUUAUUAUAAAAUAUACGUUUCUAGGUAUAAUAAUAUUCGUAUAAUAAACGCGUCAACGUGGUGGAUUAUUCGUGAUACACACGGUCUGAAUGGAAAGUUGUGUAAAAACGGUUUGGCAUGUGUUAAGUGAAUAUUGUUUCGCAAGUUAAGCAAGUACUAAAAAAAUCUCGCAUAUUUCUUAUGGAAAAGUAUAUGAAUAUUUGUUCAUAAAAAUGUAAAGUAAUGAGGGCCUAUAAGAGCUAAGCGCUAGGAGAAUGUGCGCGAAAACGAAGCAAAAAUGAACAUAUCUCUAAAAGAUUUUCCUUUUUAUCGAUCCCCUACACGCUCCCGAAGUUUUGAUAUUUAAAUUCGGGACACCUUAUGUGUAUAUAUAUAUAAAAUAAUAUAUUUUAAUUAAUAUAUAUUAAUUAUAUAUAUUAAUUAUAUUAAAUAUUUGUUCCUUUUGUGGUUAGUUUUGUCGCAGAAUCCCGGAUAUAUAAUUGAUAUGUUCAUAACACAUGUGCAUCAAAUGGAACAGAUUAUUGCAAUAGGGUGCUUUUUUUCAUCAUUAUAUUUCCCGCAUCUAAAUAUUUUUCUUUGCUUCGUAAUCAUAUCUCAUCGUAUCUUUAAUUUCCUUGACUCAUUUAAGUUGUAAUAAUUUUCUCUUAUUCUGUUCGUUAUUAUGACUAAAACAUGUCGUUCCUCCCUAUAGUUCUUUCGUUAAAAAAUUUCAUGGAAAAUUUUUUUUCUUUCCAUGUCCUAUUUCACAAUGCUGCGGUCGAUGCAAUGAUUAAUUUGCUUCUUUACCUCGUAAACUGAUGUAUGGAUCCUCCACAAGACAAUGAUAAUAAUACAAUUGUAUAAUAUAUAAUUUAUAUAUGUACUUAUAAUUCUUAAUCCAGAAGAACCUGUAGUAAGUUUAUUCACACCUAAUUUAUUAUAUUUUUCAUUUUUAAGCACUGGUUGUUGUAACAAAAGAUCGAGAAAAGUCGAGGUAAACUUGAUUCUCCCUUAUAUAUGUUUUGUUCCGUAAAUUUAUUUUUAUUUUCUUUUUAUGUACUUCCCUUAAAUAUAUCCAUGUAUGGUACUCAUUGGGCACAAAAGAACAUAUCAGAUUAUUUGAAAGAGAUACGGCAGACACUUAGAUUCUAUGAUUUCAGAGCUCCAUAUUUCUUUACUCCUUGAUUUUCUGUAGUGACAAUGGAGGUAUUUAUUAUCAGAAUUAUAAAAAGUACAAUACUAUUUCCGGACAAAUGGAUAAUUGGAACAAUUUGAAAUCGGUGUCACUUUUCCAUAAGAAACGUGUGGAGUUUUUUUCGAUGUAUGAAGUAUUACAUGGUGGCUAUGCAAAGAGAUAUUUCGCGCUCCCAUAUUAUUAGCUUAUUAAUUGCUGAGAAAUCUUCGCGAAACUCGGUUAUAAUUAUUUACUUCAACCAAGACGGAGAAAGAUGUAGCGUUAAGUAAUUGUGUUAAGAAUUGGAUUUGCGAUAAAAUAAGUGAAAAUGUCAAAGGGACUAAAUGUGAAUUUUUUUUGUUCAAUCAAUCGCUUUAUGGAGCGUUGUUCGUUACGUUAGGCUUGAACAGUUGAAACUAUUGUAAGAAAUUUUUGCACUGAUAUCGGUGAGCGAUGUGUCCAUUUAAGAUUGUACUGUAGUUCCGGACCUUGGCAGUCAUUGGUUAAAGCAUGCAUAGGAAUAUUAGGAAGCAGUGAGUCCCGGGGCAAUCUGGCAUAGACAGAGGUUGGGAACGAGACAUAAGCGUUUGCAUCGUAGUCGUGGACGCAAAGUAAGACAGAGAAAAAAAGUAUAUAUAUAUAAGUCGUGAGAAAACUAUUGUAUGGAUGUGAAAAGUCGCGAGAGAAAGAAAUAUAGAAAGAUAAUUGAAUCUUAGUCCUCGGACGGAAAGGUCGAGGUAAACGGGACCUCAGCCUGACAUUUAAGCUUAUGUGUAUGCGGUGUAUGUACAAUUAAUCAUUAUUUUUUGUGGAAGUUGUUUGCCAAAAUAUCUGUCUUACUCUAAGAUAGAAAACGUGCUAGCGAGCUAACUUUAGCCAACUUCGGUAAGCUUCAACUGGCUAUACCGAUAAGCUACACGUGCAAUAGUGGCCAAGUGGUGAGAAGUCCCCACGAUCUGGCAUCUCUGCAUACGCCGUCCGCUAACAGCUUCAUGUAACUUUUGGUAUCCUUUUCUUUAGUACUCUCUCCUCAACCAAAACACACUUUCUCAAAAAAAUAAUAUAUUGGGGCCAACUUCACACCUUUCCCUUUGUGUUUCACCACUUUUCCGAGUUUUACCAUCUUUCUUUCCGAGGAUUAAAAUAUAUACACUUUAAUUACGGUACACGAUUUUUUAAUCCUUUAUAUGGCAAAAUUCCUUGGACUAAUAUUUCUAUCUUUUUUUUUCACGUUUCAUGUUUGGCUUCGUUGAAGUAUUAAUCAAUGAAGGCAUGCGUUUCUUUCUUCAGAUUGGUAUCGUGUAUGUAAUACACGUGCAGAUGCGUAAGAAAGAAAGAGAAACAACAGUGGAUCAUUCAUACGUUAGGUAUUUUGUAAGUUCGUAUAAGCAAGAACGCCGUAAACGAUGUAAGUUUAGUUUAUUGGCUGGCAGAAAUGUGUGUGUUCGAUAUGAUAUAAGCGAUAUCUAAUUUCGCUAAAUACUUACAGAGCGAGACGUUUAAUAUGCGUUAAGUACCGCACACAGUUGGGAUCAAAUAAAAUUUCAUAUUUCAGAAAAGGCUGCAUUUCGAAAUUUAAACCUUUUUUUUUUUUUAAUGAAAACUAGUGAAAUUUAGAACAACUUUGUCGAAUUAGAAUUUUGUCUUUUGCUUUUCUUCUUCCGAAGUCAGACAUAAAGAAAUUAGAUUUAUAGAAAUUUGUGUCAAUCAAUUUCGACAGAUGCGAAAGCUGAACGUGUUAAAGAGCAACUAAUAACUUUUAUGUUUGAAGACAAAGAAUAUCUCCGAGUAAAAAAGUAUAUGCAAAAAAGUAUACAGGGAUUAAAAGACCAAGUACAUUGUAGCGUUUCUUGAAGUCAGAAGAUGAUUGAGUCAGAUGCAGACUGCGGACCACAAAGUGCUAAUUCGGCUUUUUGCUAGAAAAUAAAAUAAAACUGGAUGUGAUGUGGGUAUUCUUUUGAAUUUAAAAAUUACAGAACUUCACCAAGCGCGCCUCUUGACAGACAAAUCCGAGCUGGUAACGAUAUAUCCAUGUUCGACUGAGCCGGUAGGCAAUGCGUGUCGACUUCAUUCGAGAGCGAUCGAUGAAGUGUCGAUUCUCAAGCGUAAAAGAUUCAUAUUCGCGGUGAUGUGCGUUUUAAACGACUCGCUCUACAUUAAUGCCGAUUCGUUCGAAGUAUAUAUAAUUGACGUUUUUCGAUUUAUACCGCACCGUGUAUAUACACUAUUAUGGCGAACUGCAUAUCAAUAGAAGCUUGGGUAUAAAGUAAUGAAGUAUAUCGGUGAACAGAUGUAGACGUUAAAGUGACUCAACGUAAUGACGGAUAUGACAUAAGUAAAAGCCAAGGAAAAUUAGAAAAAGGAGCCCGAAGAAGCAUCCGAAAAAUAAUGCGCUGAGCUGUGUUGUCAUGUGAAUACGAAUAAAUUUUCUCCUGUUUGUACCAUA